AUGGCCCGGUGCAUGUGGUUAUGGCCACAGCUCUGGCAUAAGAUUACGAGACCGGCCAGGUUCGGCGAGGCACGCUGGCCCCAUCCGAAUAAACCUAGCCGGAAAACUCUGUCCAUUGAAAUCUCCGAAGGCACUGAGGUCGGCGAGCGGUUCUCUUUACCACCAGCCCUUGAUUUGGACAGUGGUCUGGCUGGCCUAAUCACAUACAUCAUAUGGCCCCCCAUGGAGGAGUUUGAGGUGGAUGGUGGUGCCGGUGACUUGAAAGGUCAGUCUUCCGGUAUGGAUAAAACCCAAUCAUCGGAAGAGCUUUCCCUAAUGCUGACUAAGAAAUUGGAUCGCGAGCUGAAGGAUUUCUAUUCAUUUACGCUGGUUGCAACCGAUUUGGGCGUGAAGUCACUAAAUGGCUCCAUCGGUGUUACUGUGAAGGUCCUCGAUGAAAAUGACAACAGUCCAGUAUUCUCACAGUCCGACUAUGAAGUAACUGUUGCUGAAGGCACAAUUCCCUGCACAAGGAUUUUCCAAGUUCAUGCCACUGACGCAGAUAUUGGACAGAAUGCAGUCAUCGAAUACAAGAUCAGUCCCUUGACUGAACCUAACACAAUGCGUUUGGUGAAAUUGGAUGCCAACAGCGGAUGGCUCAGCACUGAUUGGAAACUGGAUUUUGAGACACAGAAAUUCGUAAGUCUAAUGCCUUCAUGUGAACUGCAUUUCCAACAGCAAGUUUAUGUGCAUAAUUUUCCGAGCAAAAUGUUCUUGAGCUAA